AUGACCCUUGACCACCAGAUUCUCAACCAAAGUUUUAAAAGGUCACAUCCUCCCACGCCAAGCAGUGAACUUCUGGUGCAGCAUGGACACCCGUCUCCCGAGAGUGACACUGGUCUCACUGGAAAUCCACUCACCAAGUUGCUAACUCUUGGCAAAGAAGAUGACAAUACGGAAUGGCAUAUGGAGGACAUUAUUGAGGAUAUAAUCGGUAUGGACCCAAGUUUUAAAGAGGAAGGAACAGAUUCUCCUCUGCUAAUGCAAAGAACAGUAUCUGGAAGUAUUUUGGAUGUGUAUAGUGGUGAGCAGGAAAUUUCACCAGUUAAUAUGGGCCUUACAAGUGCUUCUUGUCCAAGUAGUCUACCAAUGAAAAGAGAAAUUACAGAAACAGAUACUCGAGCUUUGGCCAAGGAGAGACAAAAAAAGGACAACCACAACCUCAUUGAAAGAAGAAGAAGAUAUAAUAUUAACUACCGAAUCAAGGAGCUUGGCACUCUUAUUCCAAAGUCUAAUGAUCCUGAUAUGCGCUGGAACAAAGGAACCAUUCUAAAAGCAUCAGUGGAGUACAUCAAGUGGCUACAAAAAGAACAACAGAGAGCUCAAGAAUUAGAACACAGACAGAAGAAAUUAGAGCAGGCUAACAGGCGCCUUCUACUCCGCAUUCAGGAACUAGAAAUACAGGCUCGUGCUCAUGGUCUGCCAACCCUGGCUUCACUUGUCACAGUUGAUUUAGGUGCUCACAUCACCAAACAACAGACCCAUCUAGAGCAGAAUUCAGGAGAUUAUUGCCAACAAUUGGUUCUGUCUCAGGGGACAAGCCCUGAACUCUGUGAUCAAGCUAUGGCCUUCUCCGACCCUUUGUCACACUUCACAGAUUUAUCAUUUAGUGCAGCUUUGAAAGAGGAACAAAGAUUGGAUAACAUGCUGCUGGAUGACACAGUAUCUCCGUUUGGAACAGAUCCUCUGCUAUCUGCCACUUCUCCUGCAGUUUCGAAAGAGAGCAGUAGAAGAAGUAGCUUUAGCUCAGAAGAUGGUGAUGAGUUAUAA